AUGGAAGAUACUGAGCUGAACUCAGCAAGCUCCCUCAAUCAUGCUCAUCAAACACAUCAAAGAGUAAACUUCUACUGGCCUUUCUCAAAGUGGAGCCCUGUAGCUAAUUUAGCCUUUGCAGCACCGGCAUCGACGAGAAAAUUUCCGACCUCACAAUCAUCUGCGGAGGCUUUUACUGGUAACUCCAGAAAGCCAUCGUCUGAAAUCAGGCUUAAUGACGAUCCCCGCGAAGUCCACAACGCCAUACAAUUCCUCUACAACGCUGACUACGAGAUCCCGCCACCAUCCUCACACAACAAUAGAACGCGAGUACCCCCUCCAAACUACCCACAUUGUCUAUCACUCUUAGACCUUGUCGACGACUACUCGCUCUUGAUAACACCAUCCAACACCUCUGUAGUCGAUCUCCGUGACCUCGUAACAGCUCUGCUCGAACUCUACGCAUUCGCACCCAAACAAUCCCUCACAAAGUCCUCCGAGAAUACCCUCAAAAUAGUAUCCAGCACAACGCAUUGCCCCCAUAGCUUCCACGACUUCCUGAAAUGCUAUGGUCUCAAUAGACAACGCGUCGAACUUAACCCAACCCAUCUAAUCCCGCACGCAAAGAUCUACGCAAUUGCGGGGAAGUAUGGAAUUCCUUCGCUCCAAGAUCUUGCACGCGAUAGAUUUUCGCUGUUGUUGCAUAAUUAUUACGAGAGCGUUAAUUUUGUUGACAUCAUUUGGGAAGUGUUUACAUCUACUAAUGACGAAGAUCGAGGUCUGAAAGAUGUUGUGUUGGAUGCCUUGGAAGAUCGUCCGGAACCUAUGCUUGAUGAGGGUGUGUGGGAAGUUAUGAACAGAUGUGUACCUGGCUUUGUCAGAUGGGGCGCAUGGGCGCGUUUGGAGGAUGCGAAUGUAGUUUGA